GGGCAAAAGCUCUUGGGGCCUGAGCUCCCGAAGCCCAGCGCAGCCAUGUCGGCGCCUGCGCAGGGCAUUACCAUAGAGAGGCAGCCACCUCUCUGGUCUCGGUUUACACUCUCUAUGGUCUACCCUGGUUGGUGGCGGUAAGGGGAAAAAGGGAGACUGCACUGCGCAGGCGCCGUCGGCUUUUCUAGCUCUUUUUUAAUCCCCGCACCAAGCGCCUAACCUCAUUGGGGUGGAGGAGAAGGCGGCGGCUGCCCGGUCCACAGCAGUAACAAGCGAAUAAUAGGCGAAUGGACUGCUGAAUUAUGAAGUAUUUCAGACCCAGUAGUAGAACAUCACUGUGCCACUCACUCCUUUAUCUCCUGUUAGUUAUUUAAAUUGGACUUUUAAUAUCCUACCAGCUGCUCUUCAGACACACAUGGUGCAUUGUUACCAUUCUUUGGAUUGCAUCUUUGAAACACAGGCUCUUAGUAACCUUCAGCAAACAGAGGCGGCCUCCCUGGAUCAGCUACCAAGAGGGAGUCAUCCUGACUGCCCUCUAGCUUUUGCUGGAUCUGGAUUUGAAUUCUACCAUGGAGCCUCGCAUGGAGUCUUGCCUGGCUCAGGUGUUGCAAAAGGAUGUGGGGAAGCGACUGCAGGUUGGCCAAGAACUUAUAGACUAUUUCUCAGACAAACAGAAGUCUGCUGAUCUUGAGCACGACCAGACCAUGUUAGAUAAGCUUGUGGAUGGACUUGCUACCUCUUGGGUGAACUCUAGCAAUUAUAAGGUAGUUCUUUUGGGCAUGGACAUCCUGUCGGCUCUGGUGACCCGGCUACAGGAUCGGUUCAAGGCGCAGAUCGGCACAGUGCUGCCAAGCCUAAUAGACAGACUGGGAGAUUCUAAAGACCCUGUGAGAGAACAAGACCAAACUCUGCUGCUAAAGAUCAUGGAUCAAGCUGCUAAUCCCCAGUAUGUAUGGGACAGAAUGCUUGGAGGCUUUAAACACAAGAAUUUUCGCACGAGAGAAGGCAUCUGUCUCUGCCUCAUUGCAACACUCAAUGCCUCUGGAGCACAUACUCUAACACUAAACAAGAUUGUGCCACAUAUAUGUAAUUUACUUGGAGACCCAAACAGCCAGGUUCGAGAUGCAGCAAUAAACAGCUUAGUGGAAAUUUACAGACAUGUAGGAGAACCUGUGAGGACAGAUCUCAGUAAAAAAGGAUUGCCACAGUCCCGGUUGAGUGUCAUUUUUACAAAGUUUGAUGAGGUCCAAAAAUCUGGAAAUAUGGUACAGUCUGCAAAUGAUAAAAAUUUUGAUGAUGAAGAUUCCGUGGAUGGGAAUAGACCUUCUUCUGCCAGUUCUUCAUCAUCCAAGGCCCCAGCAAGCUCCCGGAGAAAGAUUGGAAUGGGGACCAGCCGCCGGCUUGGGUCAUCUGCUCUUGGAUCCAAGUCUUCAGCUGCAAAAGAAGGUGCUGGUGCUGUUGAUGAAGAAGACUUUAUUAAAGCAUUUGAUGAUGUCCCUGUAGUACAGAUUUAUUCCAGCCGAGACCUUGAGGAAUCCAUAAACAAAAUUAGGGAAAUACUAUCUGAUGACAAGCAUGACUGGGAGCAGAGAGUAAACGCUCUAAAAAAGAUUAGAUCUUUACUUUUGGCUGGUGCCGCUGAGUAUGAUAACUUCUUUCAACAUUUGCGUCUUUUGGACGGAGCCUUUAAACUCUCAGCUAAGGAUCUGCGGUCUCAGGUAGUGCGUGAGACGUGUAUCACAUUGGGGCAUUUGUCAUCGGUUCUGGGCAAUAAGUUUGACCACGGAGCUGAAGCCAUUAUGCCAACUAUCUUUAAUUUAAUUCCAAACAGUGCCAAAAUUAUGGCCACUUCGGGUGUUGUAGCUAUUAGGUUAAUCAUUCGGCACACACACAUCCCUAGGUUAAUACCUGUCAUAACAAGCAACUGUACCUCUAAGUCGGUCGCAGUUAGAAGGCGCUGUUUUGAAUUUUUAGAUUUGCUUUUACAAGAGUGGCAGACACAUUCACUGGAAAGACACAUAUCAGUAUUAGCAGAAACAAUAAAGAAGGGAAUACAUGAUGCUGAUUCUGAAGCAAGGAUAGAAGCCAGAAAAUGUUACUGGGGCUUCCACAGUCACUUCAGCAGAGAGGCAGAGCACUUGUACCACACCCUGGAGUCCUCGUACCAGAGAGCCCUGCAGUCCCACUUGAAGAACUCAGACAGCAUCGUGUCUUUACCGCAGUCUGACCGCUCAUCUUCCAGCUCUCAAGAAAGUCUCAAUCGGCCACUGUCUGCCAAAAGAAGUCCUACUGGCAGUACCACAUCUCGAGCUUCUACAGUUAGCACCAAAUCUGUAUCGACAACUGGAUCCCUCCAGCGAUCAAGAAGCGAUAUUGAUGUGAAUGCAGCAGCCAGUGCCAAAUCCAAAGCCUCAACUUCAGGCGCCAUGCCCUUCGGCUCAGCAGCAGCUCUCCCUCCAGGGUCUUAUGCAUCUUUAGAAUCCAGACACGUGAGGGAAGACAUGGAGUACAUAGGCCUGGACUCAGAUGGUACUACCACUAAAGCGGAGGGUCGGAUCCGCACAAGACGACAAAACUCUGGGAGCACCACCAGUGUUGCCUCUAACCCCUCCGACAGUCGGGGCCGCAGUCGUGCUAAAGUUGUUUCUCAGUCUCAGCGAUCCAGAUCUGCUAAUCCUGCUGGUGCUGGCAGCCGGUCAAGUUCCCCAGGAAAAUUGUUGGGGAGUAGUUAUGGAGGACUUGCUGGGGGCUCCUCGAGAGGCCCACCAGUGACACCAUCUUCAGAAAAACGAAGCAAGAUUCCCAGGAGUCAGGGAUGCAGCCGAGAAACAAGUCCAAACCGAAUAGGACCAGCACGGAGCAGCCGUAUCCCUCGACCCAGCAUGAGUCAGGGGUGCAGCCGCGAUACCAGCCGUGAGAGCAGCCGAGAUACAAGCCCUGCUCGGGGCUUUCCUCCACUUGCCUCUCGACGUCAUUCCAGGUCCACUAGUGCUCUCUCCACUGCUGAAUCUGUUGGGCAGUCAGUAGACCGGUUUGGGCUGAGCCAGCCAGGACGAAUACCUGGUUCUGUGAAUGCCAUGCGGGUUCUGAGCACCAGCACAGACCUGGAAGCAGCUGUGGCAGAUGCUUUGCUGUUAGGAGACACCAGGAGCAAGAAGAAGCCUGUGCGGAGAAGAUAUGAGCCGUAUGGGAUGUAUUCUGAUGAUGAUGCCAACAGUGAUGCCUCAAGUGUCUGCUCUGAGCGCUCGUAUGGCUCCAGGAAUGGUGGUAUUCCCCAUUAUCUGCGGCAGACUGAGGAUGUAGCAGAAGUUCUCAACCACUGUGCAAGUUCAAACUGGUCUGAAAGGAAAGAAGGGCUUCUGGGCCUGCAGAACUUACUGAAGAGCCAAAGAACGCUGAGUCGAGUAGAAUUAAAGAGAUUGUGUGAGAUCUUCACCCGAAUGUUUGCUGACCCUCAUAGCAAGAGAGUGUUCAGUAUGUUUUUGGAAACUCUUGUGGAUUUUAUAAUAAUUCACAAGGAUGACUUGCAAGACUGGCUUUUUGUUCUUCUCACACAAUUACUUAAGAAAAUGGGAGCAGAUUUACUUGGAUCUGUGCAAGCAAAAGUUCAGAAGGCUCUAGAUGUCACAAGGGACUCUUUCCCGUUCGAUCAACAAUUUAACAUUUUGAUGAGAUUUAUUGUGGAUCAAACUCAAACUCCAAACCUGAAGGUCAAAGUUGCAAUUCUAAAAUACAUCGAGUCUUUGGCCAGACAGAUGGAUCCAACAGAUUUUGUAAACUCAAGUGAGACCAGGCUUGCUGUUUCUAGAAUCAUAACAUGGACAACAGAACCAAAGAGUUCAGACGUGAGAAAGGCAGCACAGAUUGUGCUGAUCUCUCUGUUUGAAUUGAACACUCCUGAAUUUACCAUGUUACUUGGUGCCUUGCCGAAAACAUUUCAGGAUGGUGCCACCAAACUUCUGCAUAACCACCUCAAGAACUCUAGUAACACCAGUGUGGGAUCUCCAAGCAAUACAAUUGGCCGAACACCCUCCCGACACCCCAGCAGCAGGACUAGCCCUCUGACCUCACCCACCAACUGUUCCCAUGGCGGGCUAUCUCCAAGUCGGUUGUGGGGUUGGAGUGCCGAUGGGUUAUCGAAGCACCCACCUCCCUUUUCUCAGCCUAACUCCAUUCCCACCGCUCCCUCCCACAAGACUCUCAGGCGCUCUUACUCUCCCAGCAUGCUGGACUAUGACACAGAGAAUCUAAACUCUGAAGAAAUCUAUAGUUCUCUGCGUGGAGUUACAGAAGCCAUUGAAAAGUUUAGUUUCCGAAGCCAGGAGGAUUUGAAUGAGCCAAUUAAACGAGAUGGCAAAAAGGAUUUUGAUAUUGUAUCUCGGGAUGGAGGAGCUGCAUCCCCAGCCACCGAGGGCCGGGGCGGCAGUGAAGUGGAAGGAGGCAGGACUGCUCUGGACAACAAGACCUCUCUCCUCAACACCCAGCCUCCACGUGCCUUCCCGGGGCCUCGAGCACGUGACUAUAACCCCUACCCAUACUCAGACACCAUCAACACCUACGACAAGACAGCCCUGAAAGAGGCCAUGUUUGAUGAUGAGAUGGAGCAACUUCGGGAUGUGCCCAUCGACCAUUCUGACCUGGUGGCAGACCUGCUGAAAGAGCUGUCCAACCACAACGAGCGGGUGGAAGAGCGGAAGGGGGCCCUGCUCGAGCUGCUCAAAAUCACACGGGAGGAUAGCCUGGGCGUCUGGGAGGAGCACUUCAAGACCAUCCUGCUGCUGCUUCUGGAGACCCUUGGGGACAAAGAUCAUUCAAUUCGAGCCCUGGCACUGAGAGUUCUACGGGAAAUUCUGAGAAACCAGCCAGCACGAUUCAAAAACUAUGCGGAGCUGACGAUCAUGAAGACUCUGGAAGCCCACAAAGACUCCCACAAGGAGGUGGUGAGAGCUGCUGAGGAGGCUGCAUCCACACUAGCCAGCUCCAUCCACCCGGAGCAGUGCAUCAAAGUGCUCUGCCCCAUCAUCCAGACCGCUGACUACCCCAUCAACCUUGCCGCCAUCAAAAUGCAGACCAAAGUCGUGGAGAGGAUCGCCAAGGACUCCUUGCUGCAGCUCCUCGCCGACAUCAUCCCCGGCCUGCUGCAGGGUUAUGAUAACACUGAAAGCAGCGUGCGUAAGGCCAGCGUGUUUUGCUUAGUGGCAAUUUAUUCCGUAAUCGGAGAAGAAUUGAAACCUCACCUCGCACAGCUCACGGGAAGCAAGAUGAAGCUGCUAAACUUAUACAUAAAGCGGGCCCAGACCACCAACAGCAACAGCAGCUCCUCCUCCGAUGUGUCCACGCACAGCUAGUGGUGCCCGGAGACCCCAUCAGCUGCCCUGUCAGUACGAGGAGUCCCACAUAUUUAUUACAAUCAGUAUUUUGGUCCCUUCCAGCUUUUGUGUAGAAUCUUACUGGGAUUGAAUGUAAUGGAAGCAAGGCCUGUAUCAAAGUCCUCAAAGAAACAAGAAAUAAUGAGAAACAAAAAGAGCCAUAUUACAUGUCUCAUGCCACCUGCUGAGAUGUUCCCAAAACCUGCAGCUCUCUAGCAGUACUUGUUAGGCAGUAGCUUUUUUUUUUUCUUUAACUUCAGUUAAUAACAGAUUUGGGGGUGGGGUCCCUUUUGCGUCCCUCAUUCUUAGCUUAUAUUCUCACGAGCAUGGCCGCGUGGGGCAAAGCCCACCCUUUUCCCAGCCACCUCUGAUAAAGGUCACAUGUCUUAGGUUGUGUUUUGAGACCUAGUAAGCAUGGAGCAGAAACCACAGCAAGAAAAGGAGGAAAGCCUGAAGCUGCCUGCCGCGUGGUUGUUAUGUCACACAGGAGCCCCUUGCCCUGUCUCUUGGCGAGGUCAGGACUGCCUCAGUCUCUUCCCAGACCCUUGGAACGGCUCCACAAGGCUCUCUACCCCGGAACUGUGGCUCAGAAGGAUUCCUAUAACUUACAGCAAGUUAGAGAUGCCUGAAAGGGCCUUCAGUAGAGCACAGUGGGUGUGAGGAAGUUUCUUGUCCGUUUCCCUGCAGAGAUCUGGGGAAGACACUGUUGUACUGGGGAUCCCAGGAUUCUAAGUUGUGGUUCAAAACUGCACCAUCUUAUCUUGGCCCUCAAGCUUUGCCUGAGCUGUUCAUUUCCAAAAUGUUCUCAAGUUAAUCUGGCAAACAUCAAUUUUACCAUUCCACUUUGGGCAUCCCCAUUUUCUCUGGGGAUUAAGAGCAAAAAAAAAAGUCUAGAGAGACCAGAUAUCAAAGUCUUUCUUUGGUGGUACAGAUUGAACCCAUGACCUCCUGCACGCUAGGCCAGUUAUCUACCACUGAGCCCCUGGCCCUGGAAUCAUUAUUUUUAAUUCUGUAAGCCAAAGUACUUCCUUGAUUGUUAAAUUGCUUAAGGAAAAAGUAAUCAUGACGAGUGGCAGAAUGCAGAACAACAGGAUUUGCAGUGUACUUUCAGAGUCUGUUCCCUUCCCCGGGAAACCACCGGGCUCCUUUUAUGUUUUAACCUCUUGAGGUUCUGAUUGCUCCAAAGGAAGUAAAUGUAGAUCUGGAGUCUGAUUACAGUAAGUUUUGAGUAAAAUUCCUAAGCCAAAUAGCAAUUCUCAAUGCAGUCAUGAAGACUUCUUUUGUUGCUAUUCUAUUUUAGAUCCUCUAAUUGAACCAAUUCUUCCAUAAGGAAAAAGCUGCUUUUGACAUGAAUUUUAGCAAGAUACAGUAUUGGCAGAUCCAGGGUGGGGCCCACCGCAGCCACUAGGACUGAAAGCAAGACCUGGGGCCCUGCUCAAGUAGUUCUCAGCCUGGUUCACCACCCCUCACUGAACCUCUACGUUUGAUGGGGACCUGGUGAAAGGCAGAUAAUAACAUUAUUAGGAAAUAAGUGCUAAACAGGACAGCCUCUACGUUCAGGUAAGGGUGGGUUAUCUUACACACACAAAGUGCUCCACUGCUGCUGUUUAGGGAAAUCCAUGGGUGUAUUUUAAGUGGCUGAAUAUUAUGGACGGACUUAGGCUCAGAACAUAGCAGGAUCAGGCCUUACUUUCAGUGAUAAAUACUGUUUGUUUUUUGUUCAUAUAUUAAUGGGAUUUCUUUUUCACUCUUUUGUAUACAAGAGUCCCAGAGUCUUGUGAUCUCCUCUAUGGUAGAAACGUGCCUCUCAGGCAGUAGUGUACUUAUGAAUUCUCUUAUGCCUGAUGCAGUUAGGAAGACCCCUCUCUGGAACCCUUUGGCUCCUGAAAGUCGCCGUGAUUCCCAGUACAGUUGGAAGGCUCAAACAUUGCUGAUGUCCUCACAGUACUCAAAAAGGGCUAGCCUCGAAUGUCACCCGCCCCUCCUCCAUUUCCUGACCAGAGAGAUACAA